AUGCGCUUCGCCACAGUUGUUGCCGUCGCAGCAGCGGCCCUCGCUACCGCCGACAAGGCGGCCGAGUUCAAGAAGCACCUGGCCAAAUACCUCCCCCAAGCCUCAGACAGCACCUACGCGAAGCGCGAGGCCCUGGCGGGCAACAGCACCGCCAAGCCCCGAUUCCUCACCAGCAAGACCACAAAGUUCGCCGUCGACGGCGCCCACCUCCCCGAGAUCCCGUUCGACGUCGGCGAGUCCUACGCCGGGAGCCUGCCCAUCACGACCAAAGCGGGCGAAAAGGACAACCUCUUUUUCUGGUUCUUCCCCUCGGCCGACGCCGCCGUCACCGACGAAAUCACCGUCUGGCUGAACGGCGGGCCCGGGUGCUCGUCGCUGUCGGGCUUCCUGACCGAGAACGGGCCGGUGCUGUGGCAGGACGGCACGCUGGCGCCGGUGCGCAACCCGUACUCGUGGCACAAGCUCACCAACGUCAUCUGGAUCGAGCAGCCCGUCGGCACCGGCUUCUCGCUGGGCACGCCGAGCGUGCGCGACGAGAUUGAGCUCGCCACGCAGUUCCGCGGGUUCUGGAAAAACUUCAUCGACACCUUUGACCAGCUCAAGGGCGCCAAGACAUAUCUCACCGGCGAGUCAUACGCAGGUGCUUACGUCCCGUACAUUGCCAACAGCUUCCUGCUCCAAAACGACACCAAGUACUUCAACCUGCAGGGCAUCUCCAUCAACAACCCCGUCAUCGGCGACGACAAUAUCCAAUUCUCCAUCACCGACGUGCCCUUCAACACGUACUGGGCCCGUCUGCUGCACCACAGCGACCAGACCAUUGCCAAGAUCAACCAGCUCUACGCGUCGAGCGGCCAGGCCAACUACACCUCCAAGUGGUUCACCUUUCCGCCGCCGCAGGAGCCGUUCCCGGCCGUACCCGCCGAGGACCACGCCGUGUCCGGCAUCAUCCGCGCCUCGCUGCAGUCCAACAACCCGUGCUACAACGUGUACCACAUCUCGGACCAGUGCCCGACGGCGUACAGCCACCUCGGCCCCGUCAACGACGGCGACUACGUGCCGCCCGGCGCCGAGGUGUACUUUCAGCGGCGCGACGUGCAGCGGGCCAUCCACGCGCCCCUCAUCGGCGCCGGCUGGAACCAGUGCGGCGGCAACAACGGCAACGUCUUCCCCCACGGCGAUGCCUCGCCCGGCGCCGCCCUCGACGGCACGCUGCAGAACAUCAUCGAGCGCACCAACAACACCAUUGUCGGCUCCGGCGCCCUCGACGCCCUGCUGCAGACAAACGGCACCCUGUUCGCGCUGCAAAACGUGACGUGGCACGGCCACCGCGGCUUCCACUCGUUUCCCAAGACGCCGUUUUUCGUGCCCGACCAUGAGAACAAGAACGGCGGUGCCCAGGGCCCCAAGGGAAACAUUGGCGUGUACGUCAAGGAGCGCGGUUUGACAUUUUACGACGUGCAGCUCGCCGGUCACGAGGUGCCCGGCUACUCGCUUUCUGGUGGCUACAGGAUGCUCCAGCAGCUUCUUGGACGCAUCGAUAACUUGAGCAGCACGAAGCCGUUGUUUUGA